AUGGCGAGCGCGGCGGCGGCGGGGGGCGGCCCGCGGGCGCUGCGGGCCCUGGGCGGGUGCCUGCUGGGCGCCCUGGUGCUGGCCACGCUGGCGGGCAACGCGCUGGUGUGCCUGGCCGUGCUGCGGUUCCGCCACCUCCGCGCCAAGGUCACCAACUGGUUCGUGUUGUCGCUGGCCAUCUCCGACCUGUUGGCCGUCCUUGUGCCCUGGAAGGCGGUCACCGUGGCAGGCGGCUCCUGGCUCUUCGGCAGCCGCUUCUGCGACACCUGGGUGGCCUUCGACAUAUGCUCCACCGCCUCCAUCCUCCACCUGUGCAUCAUCAGCCUGGACCGGUACUGGGCCAUCGCCAGCCCCUUUCGCUACGAGCGGCGGAUGACGCAGCGCCUCGCCUGCGCCAUGAUAGCCACGGCCUGGGCCCUCUCCGUCCUCAUCUCCUUCGUCCCCGUGCAGCUACACUGGCACAAAGCCAAGGACGGGAGGCAGCCGGGCUUGCCUGGGACGCCGCGCUGUGAGGUCAGCCUGAACCGCACUUACGCCAUCACCUCCUCCCUCGUCAGCUUUUACAUCCCCGUGGCCGUCAUGAUCAUCACCUACACCAGGAUCUACCGGAUCGCCCAGGCCCAGAUCCGCCGCAUCUCCACCCUCGAGCGAGCAGGAGGGCAGUGGCCAGCCCCCGGCAAGGAGCCCACCUCCGCUCUGCGGAGCUCCCUACGCAAGGAGACCAAGGUGCUGCAGACCUCUGUCAUAAUGGGAGUCUUCGUUUGCUGCUGGCUGCCCUUCUUCCUGCUCAACUGCCUGCUGCCUUUCUGCCAGCCGGAGAGCGACGGCGAAGGGCAGUCAGCCUGCGUUGGCCAAACCACCUUCAACAUCUUUGUGUGGUUCGGCUGGGCCAACUCCUCAGUGAACCCAGUGAUCUAUGCUUUCAACGCAGACUUCAGGCGGGCUUUCAGCAACCUGCUGGGCUGCAGGUGCUUCUGCUGUGGCACACGUAGGUCCACCGUGGAGAGGGUCAACUUCAGCAAUGAGCUGGUUUCCUAUCACCAUGACACCACCUGCCAGAAGGAAGGAGCCGCCUCAUCAUCAGUGCCGCCCGCUGCUGUCACUGCCUGGGUGCAGCCUGUGCCCCACGCUGUAAGCCUCCGGGGGGAGGACAGCAGUGAGGAGCUGCCUGCGGAGAAGAAGCCUGGGACUCCUCAGACAAAGGCUGCCCCUGGCAGCAGCCCUAAGUGUCAUCAUAUGCCAGCUAUUUUGCGAUUGGAUUGUGGGGCAGAGCUAUCCCUGGAAACUAUUACCCCCUUUACGGGGCUUGGUGGACGCGAGGGACCUUGUCAUCCUGUUCCAGAGGGAUGAUAAGCAGCUGCAUGUUUCACCCAUGCAGAGCCAUCCCACAGGGGGAAUUCGCUCUGCCUCCAUGUAAGGUGCACCCAUCCCCCAACAAAAAAACAUCACGCCAGAGGGAUGCUCAUGCUCUUACCCCAGAGGGGUGACAGGCAUAUUGAGUCCAUUCCACAAGUGUAUAGCAACUGCAUAUUAACCUCUUUCCACUGCUACCUUCA